GACGCAUCAGUGCACGUGACCCGCGUACGGUAUGGUGACUAGGUGACGAGUUAGUACAAACAAUGUCCGCGGUUGUUCUGCAUGUUUCGGGGUCGCUGAUGUCGUUGAUGGGUUCCCUGUGGCUAGCUUUGUGUAAUUGUGCGGCCCAACACUUCUACGACUACUCCUUCCUCCAUACUACGAGUGAGUACGACAUCUCUACGGUGCAGGUGACACAGGGCGACAUCACCGAAUCGUCAUUGCCACACAUCCAUUCAUCAUAUCGGGUCAGAAUCGGUGAGGGUCUUUGACUGGUGUGUCUUCAUCAGUGAUUUCAGGUGAUUUGAACAACCAUGGAGCGAGUUUCACCUCCAACAACUGUCAUGGUUUGUUCACAUAAGCUGACCAUCAAAUUGAACUCGUUGGAAUCCAUCUGGUACUGUGUUUUUGUCGUAGUGGUGACAUUAUUCUUAUGUCUGGAUGCUACAAGACACUACGUUCACUAUGACAAACUCGAAUGGCCUCAAGGAAGACCCAGUGCUGAACUGAAUCUUUACAUUCUCCUGAUGUUGUCAGCAUUUCUUCUCAUCAUCCUCUUCAUUCCAACUCAGAUUUUCAAAGUUGGAAACCGGGCGAAUGAUCAAGGCAAACUAGGACUCUUCAAAGAAAACAAUAAUAGCAAUGGAGGGUUUAGCUCUAGUCUGUCCACAAAUCGGAAGAUCGUCAAGUACUUUCAAGCAAUUCGUAGAGUAACAAAACAUCUGGGACCUGUAGGAGCUACGCUUCAUUUCAUCUCUGCUUUCUGUCUCUUACUGCCAUUGAUGUUUCUACAGGCGAGAGCUAUACAAUAUGGUUUAUUAACUUCAGAUGCAAUAUGGCGUUCUGAAGUGAUAGUUGGUGUGACCACUGUGGAAGAGUUUGAGCAGCUUGCUCGAACCAUGCACAAUAAUUCAGGUUCUUACUUCCCUGCUAGUGUCAACCAGACAAUCUCCAAAAUCAUCCCCACCAUUGACCCCUUCAAGGUCUACAUGGUAACACUAAACUACAUCAAUUAUGUUAUUCCAUUAUUUUUCUAUGCAGUCCGCUAUGCAGAUGUCUUCUGGUUUUGCCAUAAAGGUUUUGCAUUUAUUUUCAGCAUGCAGUUGAUGUUGAAUGCUAUUCAAUAUGCACUUGGUUUUAUCGGAUUCUCUCUUUUGUACAAACUUCACUGGUAUGGCUGGCAUACUUAUGGUUUAAAAGCAGAUCCUGUCUUUGCAAAACCUACAGGUUUAGUUGGUGUCUACCUCAGUAAUAAUAUAACAGUGUUUAUGUCGGCAAUUAUUACUUACAUGUACGGGUACAGUCGCUUGAAAGAAGCAGAAUAUAAACAAAAAGCUGCCAGGACAGGCAUCCAAGUUAAUCCAACAAGUUUUCCUCUCAAAUGUAAUGGGUAUAUUGCUAAUAUCGCAGCCGCUUUAGUAAUGUGUGUCUUUGUUGCCUGUAAAGUCCCACUGACAAUUGAGUAUCUUGGUGUCUAUCAAGUCUCAAAGGACGCAAGACUCCUGGCUUGUAUAAUAUUUGACACGAUCUACAUGGCUUUUUGGUUAAUCAUGUGGAUUGGAUUCACUCUCAAACGAGAUUGGGAUUUUACCAUUCAUCCACCAAACGAUCAAGAUACUUCAACAGAGCAAGGGUCAUCAAGCUGUGCUAGCCAGCGAUUCAUUGUCAGUCAGUCUCGAGAUGUAGAACUACAACAAAUCUCAAACUCUGAUGAAAGAAUUGAAGAGAGUCCUUCCAAUCCAGUGGACCUUCGCCGUCAUAAAACCCCUAACCCCAUCCACAAUUCUCAGGGAUCUUCUUCGUCUAAUACACCAUCUGAAAGACCAACCAAAGAAUCAAACGUUUACACACGUCUCUUUAGUUCAGACUCAAAACGGAGUGCCUCAACCUCACCUGAAUUGGUUUGCUCUUCAUGCUCUCCCAAUAGAGGGCAGCAAACGCCCAUCCAUUACAGAGGUAUAACAAGAUCAUCACACAGGAGUAGUGACCAAAGCUCUCGUAGUAUUGAAGAAGAGUCUUUAUUGGAGCAAUCAAUGAAUGAGGAAGUGCAAGGAGAGGAAACUCAGGAACCACAUUCCCCAGAUAAGUCGCAUCAGAGUCAAUCUGAAGAUGGUUUGUGUUAAUACUUGUACUUCACUUCAUCCAGUUCAGUUUUAUGCAAUAUUCGUCCAGUAUUUCACUAGGAGAACUGGUGGUGUUUUAGACUGAAAUUCUUGGAAACCAAAAUGUGUUUGAGAAGAAAAUACAUUUUUGGGAAGCUUAGUGUUGAAAGAUGUUUUGGAAAUGCAUGUAUUUCACUUUUCAAUUGCAAAUUUUAAUUUUGAAAUGCGAUUUUAAUUGGCAAGUCUUUCACUUAUAAUUUUUAAGUUGUAACAGAGGGCUUUGGUGAUAUGCUCGUAGGUGAGGCUCUCUUCUCUUGCAUGAAACAGGCAUUCACCUUACUUGCGUCUGCUAAUCUGAAGAUGUUUAGUUACUUUUCCAUGUCCAGGAGUUUGUACAUGAUUGAUACAUUGACUGAAGCUUUAACGUGCCUUGUGUGGCUUAAUGUUCUCUUCAUGCACACAAUAUCUGGCGUGUUGGACUGAAAUUGAAUUGUUUCAGAAAAGACUGCAAGCAUGCCAAUCAUGGGUAAUGUUAUCAUUAAUGAAGCAAUUAGGUCCUGUUGUUAAAAGUUAUUUUAUUAUCGAGAGUGUGAUAGGGUAUCUUUGUGUAAUAGGGUAUUUAUGUGCAAAUCUAACCAUGAAUGAUGUAAUUUGGCAGUCAGAAUUGUUUUAGAUGAACUAAGCUGAUUUUUUUAAAGGUAAGUUCCGCUUGAUAAUGAAAUAGUUAUGUAAGUUGUCAAAAGAUGUGAAAAGGGCGAAGUUCUUAUAUGUACUUAAUUGUCAUGUCAUCAUAAAGGAUUACCGCAUUAUAAAUCCCUGGAGAUUUUAACAGCACUGAAAUGACUUAGUAGUUCCGAUAACAGUGGACAUGUUCUCCAAAAACCAAAGGUAAUUGUGUGCUUUAUUGUUAUCUUUAGUUAUCAAAACAAAGAUAGUUGUAUUUUAUUGUUCAAAUCAAAUAAUAUCUCUGAUUUAAUUGUCUAUUUGUUAAGGCCUUAAUUGCGUGUUGAGAUAACUAUACAUAUUGCAUGAUACCUAAUAGCAUUUUGCAAUCAAAUAGCAAUCGUGUGUAGCAUUGAAAUUAUGCAUGACAUGCAUGUAUUUCUAGUAUCAAUCUAAUUUUCAUAGAGUUUUUAAAUCAAGCAAUAUUGUAAUAUUUUCUGAAUCACCGAUUUUGUUCCACAUUGCUGUUUUGAUUUUUGAGAACGAGAAAUUGUGUUUCCUUCUGAAAGCCAAAAACGUUUUAUAUAGUUGAAGGGCAAACCUUUGUACUUAACACAGCACAAUAUGCGCUUUUCCAAAAUGUACAAUUGUUGUUUUUAUUAAGAUUUUAGCCUGAGCUGUAGUAAACCAAAGUCUCCUUUACAUCACACUUCAGGUCUCACGGCAUAGUAGUUUAAUCUUGUACAAAAGCAGUUAUCCCAUUACUUUUAUUUGUAUAUACUUGUGUUUAUGCGUAUUGGUCAGUAUUAAUCCGCCGCACAGUAAUAUAUUUUACCAGCACGUUAUUACCAUAACUAGUUUGUCACUCUCGCCUUAACCGGUGUCCUGUGACUUUCGGUCUGUUUUACCUCAUUUUGACUUUAACCCUAACACGUGACUUUUCACUGUUCUACUUUUGUCACUGAGGCAUGCGCAAUAAAACUGUGUUUCACUGUUGAGUCAAAAAUUCAUACUAAAAAAAAAGUAUUACAAAAAAUUGUGGACUUUAAUACAGGUAGUUUACUUGGAAGUACAUGUAUGACAAUAUAUUACAUGUACCACUUUGGUAAUGAAAUAAUUGUGUUAAUAGAUCGAGAUGAUUUGUGUGCAUAUCAAUGAAAAAAUUAACGUGCAAGUUGAGUGAUUUUGUAAACUUAAGCGGUUCGAUGGAACUUGUCAUAUAUUAAAUAGUGUAUGAAAGAAAGCAA